CGUUCCAUAAGCAUAGAAACUUCAAAUCCAAUUCCUUCAUUCUCCAGCAGUCGUCUUUCUCCUCUCAGAAAUCAAAAUUCUCUGAACUCCAACAAUAACCAAAUGGCUGAACUUCAUCAAUGCAUACAUCCGACUUUACGCCCCACAGUAACAGUCUUUAGCGCGGAAGAUUAUGAUUGUUCAUACGACUAUUACGUCUCCGACAAUAACCCUGCCGACAAUUUCUCAUACACUAUCACUGAAGAAUCAGGGUUUCCUGUAACCUUUGAGUUCAUGUUCAACUUCCAGAUAAAAGAAGAGAUUUGGCGAAGGUACUCAGCCAAUCCACAGGCGUUUAAUCGAUGCGAAAUGCAUACCUCCAUCAAAAUCCAAAAGGAUCAAUUAUUCAACGACGAGGAAGAAUCCUCGAAAUUCAUCGACGACAAUCUCCGUCUUUGGCUCUUCCACGACGACGACCGCAGGUCGGUGGUUCAGUUUGCAUUGGGAAAAGCAUACAAAGCUAUCGACUCUUUGGAAAAUGAUUCAAAAUGGAAUGCGAUCGAGAUUUGUUGUCCUGUUACCAUAGAGCACCACCACAUUAUUUACGAUGAGCGUAUGCCGCCGCCGUCGAUGGAGGUUGCGGCAGGGGGCGCCGGCAUGGUCCCGGCAAAGGAGUCGUCCAUAGAGAUGUUGACACGUGUAGCGAUGCCGAUGGAUUCUGAAGAGAGCUGCACUGUUUGCUUGGAAGAGUUGCGGGGAGAAUGGGAAGGCGUGGCGAUGCCGUGUGGGCAUGUUUUUCAUGGAGAUUGCAUCAAACAAUGGCUCAGGACGAGCCAUUAUUGUCCUUUAUGUCGUUUUCAAUUACCAAAGCAAAAUUAA